UCGGCCAUGUGUGAUAGGGAUCGAGGUAUUGGACAAACCCGCAGGAGGACACGAACAGGAUGCUUGAGAUGCCGUGCUAGAAAGCGCAAGUGCGAUGAGGAGAGGCCAGUAUGCCACAGCUGCAGAAGUAGGAAUCUCGAAUGUGUCUACGGAACUCGAUUGAGUUUUCUCUCGAAAAAUGCGCACACGCUAGAUCAAUCUACAGCCGCACAUGAAGGCGACAAUCAUCGAUACAACUCGGUGCAGUUUGUGGCAGAGAUUCCUCCAGACAGACCCCAGAAUGCGAAUAUCCACGGUGAAAAUAUCAGCCCAUUCGUCAAGAGCUGCUCUCAGGCACAGAAUGCAGAAAGCAUUGGGCUUAGCGGCGAAAAUACAAUAUCCCAGACCGGCUUUACCUCGCACCUUCAUCCAGCUACAGGGCAAGAGAUAAGAGAUGUUGGCUUGAAUGUAAGAUCUUCUUUAGAUCCACGUCACCUACUGCGAAACCCCUCUGGACUAUCAAGUCGGAGUUCCUUUGGCGAGCACUACGAAGAAUCUGCCGUCCACGAUCUACUCGCACUAGGACACUCGACUAUGGAAACUCAUCCUACAGAGAAUAUAAAUUUAUCUGUAUCGGUUCAGCAGACUUCAUGUCUGUCUUUAAAUCCUACCGCAGCGGCCUGUAUGAGCUCGGCUGUUUCCUCCGGCAAUCUUGUUUCUGCGCAAGACACAAACUCGGAACAAGUCCUCGAACUCCUCAAGCAUUUCCGUUAUGAGAUUGCUCCGUGGUUGGAUAUAUAUGACAUGUCACACUCUUUCGGCAUAUUGGUUUCGCGGAUGGCAAUGGCAUCACGAGAGCUGCUUUACGCAUUGCUUGCUGUCUCCGCAAAGUCCCUGGCUUCACUAGACUCGUCGCCUUCAACUUUUCGCUCAGAUGCAAACAAAUAUGUAGACAUCUCCGAGUCAUAUCGGAACAUAGAAAAAGCAACCAAUAAUCUGCACCGAACAGUGGCUGCAGUGCUAAGGGUAGUCUAUCAUCUUUCAUCAAGGCUUUCCGAUACACGGAUGAAGAUUGCUAAAGAGAUCGAGUCUGUUGUUACGGUCUCUACCAAUCCCUGGGAGCCAGUUCUGAUGGCUGCAGUUUAUGGCCUCCUUCUUAGAAUAGAUAUUAGCAGCGCACUCACUAAUAAUACGACAUUGCGAGUUCCGAUUCACGCGAACGUCCAUGCCCCAGCGGCUGCCAUGCAAUCGCACUUGGAUGUCGUGUUUCGUCAUAGUCAGUACAUCCUUAUUCUUUGUGCGCAGGCUGUCCAGCUCCAAAGCGCGACUCUGGAAACAGAAUCACCGCUCCAACCAACGGGCCCAGAGAAAUUCGUAGAGAGGUGGAAGAUGUUAGUUGCAAGUCUUGGUGACUGGUACAAGAAUCGCCCGCAGGGGUUCUGGCCGAUGCUCGAACUUUCUUCAACUCCAGAGAUGGCCGAAACUGUCAACCCAUUUCCAAUGAUACUCUUCACGAAUUCCGCGGCCGUAUUUGCUAACCAAAUGCUCCAUACCGCCAUGUGUCUUCUUCUUGAUCGCAGACCACGAACAUUAAAAUCCAUGGAUAAUCACAAUGUUAUGAUGUCUCCUCUCUGGAACGCUCAUCGCAUAUGCGGUAUUGCUCUAAACAACGACCGCCGUGAAUGCUGGGAUCCCUCGCUGGUUGCAUCAUUGUUUGUUGCUGCAAGAAAGAUGACCCACGAGUCUCAACAGAAAGAAAUAGAGAAAGGGUUUCUUCGUAUCCAAGAACUGACGGGGUGGGAUAUGCACGAUCCGCUGGCUAAGCUCCAUGAGACUUGGAGACUUGCGGACGGUAACUAG